AUGAUAUCCGAAACAUCAGAAACCAAAUCUGGCUCUGCCGCACUGUCUCCAAUUCAGUCGCAGCAGGUGGGCGAAAUCCACAGUGACCCAGCCUACGCUCACGAUGCCGUGUUUGGAGAAAUCACAGAGGAAGGACCCAACUAUCGCAAUGUAGGAUGGCUUGGAACCGUUGCCCUCAUGAUGAAGACCCAGAUUGGCCUUGGCGUCCUCUCUAUUCCGUCUGCCUUUGAUACCCUGGGAUUAGUCCCCGGGGUGAUUUGCCUUUGCACCAUCGCCGUCAUCACAACUUGGUCGGACUAUAUGGUCGGUGUCUUCAAGCUGCGCCAUCGGGCGGUGUAUGGGAUUGAUGACGCCGGGAAAUUGAUGUUCGGCCGCAUUGGUCGUGAGGUGCUGGGAAUUGCGUUCUGCCUUUUUUUCAUCGUUACUAUUGCGGUUGGCAUCCAAGAUCGUCCUGCCGCUGCGCCGCAAGACGGGGUUUGGACAUCUGACUACAAGAUAGUCAACAAUCCCAGCUUUACGGAGGCCAUCUCGGCCGUGUCUACCCUCGUUUUUGCAUACGCAGGGACGCCGGCGUUUUUCCCCAUUGUUUCUGAGAUGCGUGAUCCUCGAUAUUACGCUCGUGCAUUGCUAGUCUGCCAGACCGGUGUGACUGCUAUAUACAUUGCGAUUGGUUGCGUGGUUUAUUAUUACUGCGGGUCCUACGUCGCUUCACCUGCCCUCGGCUCUGCUGGUGCGACUGUGAAGAAGGUCUGCUAUGGUUUCGCUCUACCAGGGUUGAUAGUUACUACGACCCUUGUCAUACACGUGGCGGGGAAGUAUAUUUUUGUCCGCAUCCUCCGAGGCUCCAAGCACUUGACUUCUAGCAGCUUCAUACACUGGGGAACAUGGCUCAGCUGCACCUUUGCCAUUGCCAUUUCAGCUUACGUUAUUGCCAGCGCCAUCCCCGUCUUCGGCGGCCUCGUCUCACUUGUCGGCGCCCUUCUUGGAACGUUGAUGGCAUUUCAACCGAUGGGAUCUUCAGGGACGUUUCUAAUGAUUGCCGGCACCUACGGCUCGGUCGUUGGCAUCAUUGACAGUUACAAAGUGUCUGGAGGCUCAGUCCCCUGGUCAUGCGCUGACAACUCAAAGUCUGUCUAA